AAACAUUAAAUGUUAAUUCACUAACUUGUAGCAUUUAUUUUUACAAGAUCGCGACUGUGAAUUAAUUCGAGGUAUUUGAAUUUUUUUAAAUACAAUGUCAUUAAUCUGUCAAACAUGUAUCUGUCGAAAAAUGUGUUAUAUUCUCGGCUCGUAAUAAUGAAGAAUUGAAGAUUGGUGAAGAUUAUUAUUAGAAAAAUUCUUAAUUAAUUAUUAGUCUUAAUUUUACUUUAAUAUUUGGUAAAAAGAACAAUAAUUGGCCAUGUCGGUUAAUGAAAACUGUUAUGCUGAAGACGAUAUCGAAGAUUUGGAUCCUAUCACUGAUAUUGUAGAUUACUUAGUUAGAUGCGCAAAGAUUUCUAUAAAAACUGCUCACGUUAAUGAAACAGAAAUACGGACACGGGACAAAAUAAAGUUGGCCUGUGAUCUCUUCCGAAGAGCGCCGACUGAUUUCUUACUACAAUUUGGAAAAUACUUAGCACCACAUCACAUAGAAUACUUUGAUAAUUAUCGGCCAGAAAGUGACAAUAGCAAAUAUCGGGAAUGUAUAAAGGAAUUAAAACAAUAUCACUCUGAUGAUACAAGGCAUAAAAGAGUGAGAAACAGAAGGUACAAUGCAUUAAAGAAGCUGCAAUAUGAAUCCGAUUAUUUUAGUGAAAAGCAAAUGAUGUAUAGAAGCCCUCUGCUCUAUGAUCAACUAGUGGGUCAGUAUUUGUCAGAAGCAGAAAUAAAGGAGAGAGAUGGGGUGGACACUGAAAACCUUACAUUUCUAAACUUGAUACUGGAGACAGUUGAUAGAAAUCAAAUGAGACAAACAAGAGAUCAACAGAUGCUUGAGGAAGAUAUAGAGUCUAUGGAUAUUAAUAGACCAAAAGAAGUGGACCUUGAUGAAGAUAAACAGUUUAAGAAAAAACAAUGGGGUGAGUUUGAUGAUGGUGAAAAACCUGAGUCUUCUUCAAAGCCUGAAGUGAGAACCCAGAACACAAUAAGCGCUCCAGAAAGAAGACUCCUUAGAGAGGAAUUCUUACAGGAGAUGUACUCCAGCUUUGUGGAAGGCAGAGAUGAUAUAGACUACACUACCAUAGACAACAAUGAGCAGUAUGAUGACCUGAAGCAAGUUUCACAAGACGCUGAGGACAAGUACUUUGAUUCAGAGCCAAAUGACUCAGAGAACCUGGAGGAGCACAUGGAACUGGUCACAGAGUAUGGAAGGAAAAAAUCCACUGACAGUGGUGAAGACCCUUUAGAUUUAUUUAUGAAACAUCUCAAUAAAAGUGAACAAAUAUGUAACAUUAACCAACAGCCGAAUCUGAAAAAAAUGCGAAAAUUGUACAAGUUAUGGUUGUAAUAAUGAGCAACUGCUCAUAUUGAAGAUCCAGCUUACAG